GAUGGCGCUGAAAGAAGAGAGGCAAGAACUGACAACGAUAGAAGAGAAAGAUCAAUAUGAGAGACUUGAUUUCAUGAUUGUGGAAAAAUCCAUACAGACUGAAACAACUUCAUCACGAAAAAAAGUUCAGCAGAUCGAAUCUAACAGUUACUUCACCUGCCAUCAAUGUGGAAGGAGGUUCAAUCAAAAAUAUAACCUUAAAAACCACAUGAGAAUUCAUACUGGAGAGAAGCCUUUUACGUGCCAACAGUGUGGAAAGUGUUUUAGACAUAAACAAGGCCUUGGUUCCCACAUGAAGCAUCACACUGGAGAGAAACCUUUCAUAUGCCAGCAGUGUGGAAAGAGAUUCUCAAGUAAUGAAAACCUUAAAUACCACAUGAACCAUCACACUGGAGAGAAACCUUUCAUAUGCCAACAGUGUGGGAAGAGCUUCUCACGUAAACAAAACCUCAAAUGCCACAAGAUACGUCACACUGGAGAGAAACCUUUCAUUUGCCAGCAGUGUGGAAAGAGUUUCGAUCGAAAACAAACCCUUAAAAUCCACAUGAAAAUUCACACUGGAGAGAAACCCUUCACCUGCCAACAGUGUGGAAAGAGUUUUAUAUAUAAACAUAGAUUUAAUUCCCACAUGUUCUGUCACACUGGAGUGAAGCCAUUCACAUGUGAUCAGUGUGGAAAGAGUUUCAGAAAGAAAGAGUCCCUUGAUUUCCACACGAAGAGAGAACACCCAGGAGAGAACGGUUUUAUAUGCCAUCGUGUGGAGAGAGUUUCAGUUGUAAAGUAAGCCUCAAAACUCAUGGGACUUCACACUCCAGAGAAGCCAUUGGCAUAUGAUCAGUGUGGAAUGAGUUUCAGACAUAAAGCAACCCUUGGAA